AUGAAAAAUCACCUGAUUCUACUGCUGCUCCUGCUGCCGCUGUGCUCAGGGCAGAACUACAUCGAAUGUUAUGGAGAAGAUUUUCUCCUUGUGAACAACAUGAUCCUGAAAUGUUCAGGUCCUGAACCCCAGGCCUGUUACUCCAGAGGAUCAGGGGAGAAAGGCUGCACCGUGCUGAAGAACUGUGAUCGACCAGAAUGGACCUGCUGUCAUAGCAAUCUGUGUAACGCCUAA